AUAUAUGGAAAUCCCAGAAAAGAAAUCCCAGAAAGGUUAUUAUUCAUAGAAGAUUAUAUAUUUAUAUGGCUGUGCAUUCUAUUUAUUGUUCAUUCUUGACAUAGUGUUUGAUUAUAAAUAUAGUAUUAUUUCCAAUAAUUUAAUAUUACAAGUGCAUUAAUAUAAUAUUUUUGUUAUUAAAUAGUUAAAAGGUAAACAUAUUUAUUGAAAAUUUUCAAAUAAUUUUGGAACAAAUUUUAUACUUAAAUAAAAAAAUAAAAUGUCAAUUUCAGAUAAUGAUUGGGAUGAAAUGUUAAAAAUUGCUAAAUUACAACAACAAGAAUUUUAUGAACUUUUACCAGAAUGGACAAAAUAUACUAUAGAUGAAUGUAAAUAUUUAAGACAAAAUAUCGGAUAUGCACUUUUUGGUCCUCCAUCAGAGAAUGAAGAAAAUAAAAAUGUAUACAUUGAAGAUAAAAAAAUAGAAGAAAAUAGACAAAUAAAAGAUAUUACUGAAACACUUUGUUACAAAGCUAAUGCAGAACAAAUUAUAAAUAUUGUUUAUGAGCAAGUAUAUACACAUGGUAAAGGAUGUAUAGAUGCAAAUUCAAUAUAUUAUGGAGUAAUUUAUAAUAUAUCAUUUCGUACAAAAAAUAAUGUGACUGAAGUAUCUAAUUCAAAAGAAGAAAAAGUAACUGAUUCUGAAAUAGAAGAUAAAAUACAGAUAUAUUCAACCCCAAUUUUUAAAAUAAGAUAUUUAGAUAAAACACUUAAAGAGGAACAAACAUGGUAUAUUGACAGAAAUGGUAGAGUAUAUAAAACUUGGAUAGAUUAUAUAAAAAAUAAUACUUUACCACAAUGUACAAUGGUUCUUCCAAAAGAUGGAUUCUAUCAUCCUGAUCCAAAUUAUGAAAUUACUGAACAAUAUUCAACAGUAUGGUUGGAAAUUUUGGAUUCACCUGCAUGUAGUAUACAAGCAACUAUUCUUAAACAUGGAGAUAUAGCUUCUACAGUAGCUGGCAUAUGUGGAGUUACUUUGGGUAUAGCAUCUAUUUUCACACCCAUUGGACCAGUUGUAAUGGGUGCUACAAUAGCUUCUAGUAUAAGUGGUGUAUGGGCAACUGGUAGAUCAGUACAGAAUUUAAUGGAUAGAAAUUCUCAUAAACAAAGUAUAGGAUUAACAAAUAAGGAUUCCUUUUGUUCAUGGUUAAGUAUAAUUGGCAGUGCAGUUGGUUUAAUAAGCAAUAGUGGAAAUAUUAUUCUUACUAAACUUGUAAAAAAUGGUAAUGAUAUAAGCAAUGUUGCUAAAGUUGCAUACAAUACAUUAGUUUUAAGUAAUUUAGGUAUUAAUGGUUUUGGUAUAGGAUAUCAGGCUUAUUGUAUGUAUCAAAAAUACCAAGAAGAAGAUCAAAUUCAUAUGUUAGAUGUGAUAAGUUUGUCAGCUCAUAUAUUAUUUUUUGGUAAUGCAGUUAUAAAUUUACAGUUUGCAGAAGAUCUCAUUAGAUCUACCCAAGGUAAAAUUUUAGAUGAAUAUAGAUCUACAUUGCGUUCUAAACAUCUUCGUAGACAAUUUAAUCGUACAAAACGUAAUGCUGCAGCAAACAAUACAGAUAUAAUAUCCGAAAAUGCUGAGGUAAUACGUUAUAUCAAUAGAAAGAUAGAUUUAAGAUUAAAAAAUAAUGUGGGUAGUAUUCCCACUCAAAGAAAUACUUUUUAUUUUGAGAAUGGGAAAUUGAUAAUUUGCGGCGUUCGUUUAUUAGAUCCAAUGAGAUUUAUAGAAAUAUUAAUUAAGAAUGAUCAAUUUUCAAAUGAGAAGAAAUUUUUAUUCAAAAAUGAAGAAAAUAAUGAUAGCAAAGAUAUGUUCUUCAUAUUAAAAGAUUUGCUUUUGGAUUUAUUAAAAAAUGUGUUUUUAGAUGAUAAUAACAGAGAAAAAUAUGAAUCUGAAUUUGAUAAUAUUUUAAAUGACAUAAAAUGUAUGAAUAAUGCUCCAAAUAUUUUUAUUUUAAUAUUUGAAAUAUCUCUUACUUUAAUAACACAAUCUGAAUUUUGUUCAGAAUAUUUAUCAAAUGCAGUUCAUUUUAUAUGGUGCUAUAUAAAAGAAAGUUUGAUACAAUUUAGUUCAGAACUUCUUGGUAAUAACAAACAAAUACAAAAAAAAGUAUGUGAAAUAUUAACAGUUUUAUUUGAACAUAUAGAAGAGACAAUAAAAGAACUAUCACCUGCUUUCAAAAAAUAUAUUUUAGAAUAUGUAAAAAAAAACUUAUAAACAAUA